AUGGGGAACUACAUGGAAACAUGCAUUCAAAGAAAACCAACAGAAGAAGAAGAAGAAGAAGCACAAGAGAAACAAAAAGAGGAGCAAGAAUCUUAUGAAAAAACAAGUGAUACUUUGAGCAAGGAGAGUAGUAAAAUGAGGGUAAAACUGGUAUUAACAAAAGAUGAGCUACAGUGGCUGCUGCUUCAGUUGAAGAAGAAUGAAGGAAGGAAACUGGAAGAAAUGUUGGGGGAGAUUGAACAGAGUAGAGUAACAGGGGAAAGUGUCACAAAGUGGAAACCUCGUUUAGAAAGCAUCAUGGAGAGUCCAGAAGUUCAUCAUCACAUGGAAAGAUCGUCAUCACCAUGA